AUGGCGCCAGAAUUAAAACCAACAGUAGAGGAUCGUAUACAACGUUUAUCAGAGUCUGUAUUCGUGGGACUGUGUCGUCUUGUGGGGACGAAACAACAGCUAGCCAUUAGAAGAGAUGUGGCUGCUAUAUUAGAAAUUAUGAUAAAAGAAGUAAAAACAAUGGAAGAGGAUAGUGUAUUGUUUACUGGAAGUAACAGAGAAGGUUUCAGAAUGGAAGGAUCAGAUAUAGACACCAUGUACUGGCCAAAUAACCACAGAGUAAUCUGGAACGAGUCCCAGGUUUCCAUAUACCCCACAACACCGCAAGCAAUACUCAUUUCUGACGUUUCUGAUAGUCCACCAGGGUAUACUUUACUUCAAUUACCGACACCGAUAGCCUGCCAGGAAGUUUUGUCGUCACGUGUUACAAUAGAUGGUAGCGAAAAAAUCUAUGUAUCUAGUUUCAAAUACCGACAAAACAUGUGCUCUUUUAUAAGACCAAAUUCUCUUGUACAUGGACCGAGUGGUAGUGGAAUGGUAGGGGUUUUGGAAUAUGACGAUGUACAUGGCUUUUUCUCCGACUUUUGGCCCCCUCCCGCCUACGGAUGGAUAGACAGAUGUCGACGUCAGUCCUGGCCACUUCCACUUCUUCUUUAUGAUAUAAUCAGCAGCGGAAGUCACGUAGUACCAAUAGCACACCGACUAGGAAACCACAUAGAAAAUGAAUGGCGAAUCUCUUUCGCGUCAGCAGAGCGAAAACUUGUCCUUUCUCUAAAUCACUGCCAAUUUCUAACAUAUGGAUUGCUUAAAUUGUUUCUGAAAGAAGUGAUUAAUAAGGGUUUAAAAGAUGAGGAAAAAGUACUGUCUUCCUAUCAUAUAAAAACAUGCGUUUUCUGGGUAGUCCAGCAAAGCAUUGUAUCCUGGUGCCCACAGAAUCUCCUGGAAUGCUUCUGGAUCUGCUUUAAACUCAUCCUCAAAUGGGUGUACAAUGGGGAAUGUCCUAACUUUUUUGUUCCGGAAAACAACAUGUUUUUAACAAAGAUUUAUGGAGCGGUACAACAAGAUUUAUUCACUCAAUUAUAUGAACUUUAUGAAAAGGGGAUGCUUUGUCUGCUGCUAUGCCAUUCAGUUGGUCCUUUCAUUUCUUCUUUCAUUGAUAACCCCGAAUAUUUUAUUAAUACAGAUGAAAAUAUGCUAUUCUCAAAGACCGAACUCUCCGUUGAACUAGUUAAGGAGAUAGACAUUAAGGACUCAUUGCCCUUAUCAAAACCAUACAAAUGCUUUAGGUACCUAACAAUAACAGAACGAUUGACAACCCUUCUAUUUCUGACACAAAAUCAUGCCGUCUUUCUCCAGAAAAUCACGGUCUCUGUCUUUAAACAUACUGCUUUUAUACUUUUCAAUCAUUUCAAGGAUGGAAACAAAGCAUUGUACCUUGCCGAUAAAAUUGCUAUUCGUUUGCUGAAAAUAGCCUCCAGGUUUGGAUUUAUUUUUGAAAUGCUAUACUUGGCAUUGUAUUAUUAUAAGACAUGUAGGUAUGAAGAAGCUUUAGCAAUUAUCGGGACGACGAAGGCCAAGUUAUCAGACCCCCAGGAAUGUAGGGGGAAAAGCCGACACAUAGACACAAAAGUUCUGCACCAGGCUGCAGUCAUUGAUAUCAAACUGAACAACAGUAUCUGCUACUUAAAGGAAUUAAUGAUAGAACAGCUAUUGUGUCAACAAGCUAAAAAAAUGUUAUUACAAGUUCCAUCAUUUGUACUGUUACAUAUGGUAGAGUUUUUAUGCAGCAUGAAUACAGACGAACUGAAAGCACAAGAGGCCUUGAGAAACCUACGUGAAUUAGUACACAAGGAUGAAGAAGUUUACAUACAGCUUAUGUCGAGGGACAUAUCGUGGCAGAUACUAGGAAUCUGUCAGGAGGUGGCUGGGGACAUUCCUGAAGCUAUAUAUUCCUAUCAAAAGUCUUUAAAACAACAUCCAUUCCACAAAAUUCAGGCUGCUUCAUCUAUAAGACUUAUUAUAGCAAUAUACAAAAUCUGGUUUUUAAAACCAAAACGAUGUCUAUAG